ACGAAAGACCUGUACAAGAGCAGUCGAAGUCUCAAGACUAAGUUACAGUAUGAGAUACCUGCAGGCUUCUCUUGACUACGUCGUCUCAGCGUUGAGUUCCAGAGAUCACGACGGGAAGAGAGACAGCAGGAAUAGGUUGCACUCGACCACUGCAACGGAAACACACCCCGUGUUUCCCGCCCCGUGUUCAUCACGACACAAUUGACGGAUGCAGACAUCGACCCCGGACGAGACUUGUUGGGCCUCGACGAUAUCGAGAAUAGACCGGACCUGUGUCUCGGCACUAUCAUCACUUGCGCGGAGCGACGACAGCCAGGUCUCGACACCAUCAACCACGCGCAUCGACACUCGGGUCCCAUCAUCAACACCACCCCCAAAGCACGACGACCAUCGGGUCACAAAACCAUUGAUCAUGUCAUUCCGUGUGCUCCCAAACGAUAACGUAGCCAACGACCCCCAUGUCGCCGAUCACUGGAGCGCGACGGAUGCUGGCCUGAACCGGGAGUACACCCUCGUCGACAGUGACCUGACGUGCGAGCCCGAGUACGAUGUUAUCCCCGACCCAAAGACUACGCUUGUCGAGAAGAACCCGAAACAGCCUCCCCACCCUCUCAACUAUUACGCAGCCGACAGAAGCUAUACCAGAGAGCUUGCUGAGCGCAUGGGCUUCUGGGUGUCGGACCCGGCUGCUCGCUUGGACGGCGGCAAGCAAAGAAGACCCGACAGACGCAGCGACACAGACCGGGCUUCUCAGAAGGAGACCGAGGCGGAGGCUUGGAUCGAUAACAUCAAGAACGACAUCCAGUGCCUCUGGAACAACAUGGGCGUCGGUCAGGACCUCCUCUUCGACGAGUUACAGACCUUCAGAGAGUCGUUCUUCUUCGUGUGCAGAAAGAAGCUCGAGGAGAUCGAGAAGGUGUUCAAGGAAAUCAGCUUGGCCCAGUUUCAGAUGGAAGUACGCACCCUGCUCGUCUCACUCGAUCUAAAGCUUUCCGAAGAUGGUCUCAAGAUCAUGAAGUACAUGGCCACCGACAAGCAAGUACUUCACAACCAGCACACCUUCACCUUCGAAGAACACAGAGAUCUCAAGUUACGCGCCAGCAGAAUGAUCGCUCAGUUGUCCGGCAAGGAGCGCGGCAUGCUCCACGGGCACCUUCUCUGCGAGAUGGCCCCUGUACAGAGAGAGAUGUUCCUGCGCCAGAAGCUGGACCCCGUUCGUCGUCACUUCAGUAACCGCGCCAUCAACGAGUAUGUCGACGAGAAGAAGAAGAAGUUGGACGAAGCCUUGGACGCAAGAAGUAGGAUGUGAGAAGUUUGGCGAAGGAUGGACUGCAGUAUGAGCUGCUAGAUCCUGCUUUGUCGACUGUCGUUAUUUGCAGACUGCGUAGGAAGCCGGGAGCGGCAGUGAUCAGGAAGAAUUCGCUUACCAACAAUGAAGAUGCGCAUUGUGGCUUUCCAUAGCUGUUUAGAUCGGAUGGUUGCUGUUCAUCACUUUCUCAGAGCUGGUCAAGGAGUUUCUAAUAAAGGGCAAUCAGAGGAGCAUAGCAUCAAGCUCUUUUACACAACACAAUACAAUAACACCGCUGCUCUAAUUCUCCCACAUCUUGUAUGCUGGCGUGAUUCUCAUGCAUGUUGACACUCAUCGCAGUUGCUGGAUU